AUGCUGUGCCUGUUCCUCUGCUGGGCCUUCCUGUGCUACGUGGCCGGCUGGUGGCGUCUGAACGUCCUGUCGGCGUGGUUCUGGUGGCGUCAUCUGGACUCUGGGCUCCACUCCGCCUGCCACGGGGACUUCCGACGCUGGGGGUGGCUCCGCAGGGUCUUGCGGGGCGUCUACGGCGUCCUCUCCCACAGGGCCGUGGAGUACUACCACGGGUCCGAGGCCCUCCGGGGCGUGGGCUGGUCGAAGCACUUCUGGCACCACGUGCACACGAACGACCCGCAGAGGGACCCAGACUGGUCCACCAUGACUGGCCUCGCAUGGGUGAGGCGCUACCCGACUGCAGACUGGCUUCCCUGCCACAGAUGGCAGUGUUGGUACUGGCUGCCCGCCAACUGCGCGGUGGAGCCCGCCCUCGAGCUGCUCCGCGUCGCGGCGCUGUGCCUGGAGUCCCUCGGCGCGCUCCUGGAGCCGCCGGCCUCUGCCGACCCGCUGGGCGCGCGGCUGGCGCGCUGCGGGGCGCUGUGGGCGGAGGUGCUGCUGAACCCGGGCUUCCAGGGCGUCGCCCUGCUCUUCUCGGAGGAGGCCGUGGCGGCGGGCGCUCGGCACCGUGCUGCUGGCGCGGGCCGUGGCGCGGCUGGUGCUGUUCCCGUUCUCGGAGGUGCAGCACUACAUGCCGGAGACCACUUCGAGGGGCUCGCCGCCGGCGGGGGCACGUGGAAGGAGGGCGGCGAGCGCUGCGAGGAGUGGGCCGUCGUGCAGCUGCGGCGCACGGCGAACCUCCGGCUCGACUGGCUGCCGCUCCGCAUCCUAGAUUUCCUCGUCGAGGGGUGCAUCGAUGCCGUCUCCUUUGAGCUCACCAUGACCCCCUUGCUGGAUGAUCUCAUUCACAGGAUGCGCGCCACGGGCCAUGGCAACCUAGUUCUCUCCCUUGCCACCGACAUUUGCGAGGCGGCGUCGCAACGCAACAGCCGCCAUCGUGAACGAGAUUGCGGCCGAUGGGAGGCCCUACGGUUCGCACAUCCUACCCGUUUGCAUUGCGAAGCGCUGCAGGCCAUUGUCAAGCUCGGGGGUUACAAGCGCCAUCUGCGUUUCAGGUCGGGCCCUGAGGUCUCAGAGCUGCCGAUUGACGUCCGACCCAUUUUGGACAACCUACGGGCUACGGACCAGCCCCAGACCAUGCUGACGCAUGUAUGGCGACCUAGCAUUGGCGUCCGGGCAGAGGAUUCGCUGCGACGGUAUCAUGGACUUCUUGAGCCUAUCGAUGUGGCCAUUCCCACGCAAGCGCCCUACAACACCAGCAGUGCUGAAGGUGGCCUUGAACCCGAGCCAGGAUCCGCCGCUGGUGAAGAAGGAGGUGACAAUUCCAUCAGCUUCACGCAGCACGAAGUCCAGGUCGUCCAUGGCGAUGGGCCGUCCAACGUCCUCUACAUGCACGGCCUGGACGCCGCGCAGGUUGCCGACAUGAGCUUCCAGGGCGUGUCGGGCCCGCCGCGCCUGGCUAAUCGCAGCGACCCUAUCGGGACAAGCCGCAACCCGCCCGCCCCUGCCACAAUUGCUGAUGCAGAGGAUACACGGUCCUGGGCCGAGUUCGCGUGGAGGGGUCGGGUUCAGCGGAUGAUUAUCACGGCAGCCGCUGCGAGCAGCGUGCUUCCGCUCGCUGGGGACCUGAUCAGCGAUAGGCUGGUUUGCUUCAGGCGCUUGUCACAGGUGGCGUUUGGCUACCGCAGCGGCUGGCACAGCUGGGCCGCGGCCGUCGUGCGGGAGGCCUGCCUGGAGCACGGGGUGCCCUACCACGAGGUUGGCUACUGGGAGGGCUACGCCCGCGUGUGGCAGCAGGAGACACUCCAUGUGGAGCACCCACACCGGCCCCAGUGGACCUUGCCCAACAGCUACAGCGGCAAUUGGACCUACAGGAACGGCGUGGACCAGCCACCGAUCAAGAAGAUCAGCUUGAGCGCGAAGACCGACAAGCUCGAGGAGCUGUACACCAAGGUCGCGUCCAUGGUGGAGAAGAUUGAGAAGGCCAGGAAGAUGGCACUGAGGAAGGGAGAGGAGGCCAACAAGAAAGCGGCGGAGAAGAUGGCGAAUGCAAAGCCCGAGAACCUGUUCGCGGAAGCAGUCGGGACGAUCGUCAACCAGAAGCUGCAAGAACAGGGAGGGAUCGAGAUCCACUCUGGGGAGGUUGCUCAUACUGCUCUGUACAAUUUGAUGGAGGCCCACAUGCUGAAGCAGAGGGAGCCUCACAUCGCCCUGGAUGGCCCGCUGACCCGGCUCCUGCAGUGGGCCUACCCGAGCAUGCGGAUGACGCCCCUGGAGCGGCAAGCGCGCACGCCCCUGGCGAGGCUGGGGAAGACGUUCGGCCCCGGGCUGCAGAAGCUCAUCAGGUUCAACGGCAGGCUGCACUCGGAGGAGUCCAAGGACUACGCCAGAAGUUUCACGCCGAGGCCCUCUGACGUGUUCAUAGUGACCUACGCCAAAGUGGAACCACGUGGCUUUCGUGCGUCGCCCACCACAUCAGGUCGAACUGCAGCAUGGACUUCGACGAGAUCUCUGUGGUGGUGCCCUGGGACAUCGCUGCGCAGGAGUGCGGCCAGGACCUGGACGCCGAGCAGGGCUUCUCGCCGCGCCUCUUCAAGUCACACAGCCUCUCGGAGCAGAUCGCGAGGGGAGGCCGGUAUCCAGCUGGCUGCGGCAAAUCUCGCCGCCGCGCCAGCCCAGCAGCGCGACGUGAAGGAGGCUGAGUGA